AUGGAGAAAAUCUUUAACAACCUCAUUCUAGGCCCUUGGCAGUUUGACUUCUUUCCAGCCUCAUUCCCCCAACACAAUCCCCUUAAAACACUCAUCUCUGCUGUGGCCUCAGCCGCGGCUUCUCCGGAGUGCGGAGAAUGGACCGCAGAGGCGGGUGCGGGCGGCGGAGCGGCCGCCGUGGCCGCGGGUGGCGUGGUGACCACGACCGCCUCGGGAAAGCGCAUCCGGAAGAACCACGCCUGUGAGAUGUGCGGCAAGGCCUUCCGCGACGUCUACCACCUGAACCGACACAAGCUGUCGCACUCGGACGAGAAGCCCUACCAGUGCCCGGUGUGCCAGCAGCGCUUCAAGCGCAAGGACCGCAUGAGCUACCACGUGCGCUCACAUGACGGCGCUGUGCACAAGCCCUACAACUGCUCCCACUGUGGCAAGAGCUUCUCCCGGCCGGAUCACCUCAACAGUCACGUCAGACAAGUGCACUCAACAGAACGGCCCUUCAAAUGUGAGAAAUGUGAGGCAGCUUUUGCUACGAAGGACCGACUGCGGGCGCACACAGUCCGACACGAGGAGAAGGUGCCAUGUCACGUGUGUGGCAAGAUGCUGAGCUCGGCUUAUAUUUCCGACCACAUGAAGGUGCACAGCCAGGGCCCUCACCACGUCUGUGAGCUCUGCAACAAAGGUACCGGUGAGGUCUGUCCUAUGGCGGUGGCGGCGGCGGCGGCGGCGGCGGCGGCGGCGGUGGUGACAGCCCCCCCCACAGCUGUGGGCUCCCUCUCGGGGGCCGAGGGGGUGCCCGUGAGCUCUCAGCCACUUCCCUCCCAGCCCUGGUGAGCUCCAGGUUGGUGGCGGGGAGAGUGGAACAUGGAGGAAAGUCCCUUGGUACCGUCUCCUCUUCCCCUCUCUCUUCCUACCAACUCCUCACUCCUCCCCCACUGACCAAGGAGCCUCCAGAAGGAACGGAGGAAGAGAUGUUUCUUAGGGGAAUUCGCUAGGUUUUAACGAUUUGUUUCUCCUGCUCCUCUCUUCUCCCUAUCAGACCUGACCCCACACACACCUGUCCCCUCGGUUGUGUUGAAGCCCCCUGGACAGUGGGCAGGGGCGGCAGAGGACAGGAGCGGCACUGCCCUCACCCCCUCUCCUCUCUGUAACGCCCUGCCCUGCCAGGGAUCUGUGAGCCUUCUCCUUGAUGGUCCUUGCUCUCCUCCUUCCACCACCCCCCCACUACUGUCUGCUGCCCCUCCCUGGGGAGUUGGUGCUUUUUUUUUUUUUUUUUUCCGGGGGGGG